AUGAAGGUCCUCAGCAAAGAAGAGGAGGCAGAGCACUACAGCGUCGUUGUCAAGGCCGGCCUCAUCGGCGGCACGGCCGGUCUGGCUGUCGGACUCGGCGGCGUCCUCUUCGCAAGCAAGCGCUACCCUGCCUUCCGUCAGCUCACCCUCCCCUUCCGCUCCUUCCUCGUCACCUCGUCCGCGACCUUUGGCGCCAUCGUCCACGCCGACCGCGAGUCCAUCCGCUUCGGCAAGGAAAAGGACCCCAUGUACGGCUACAAGGACGCGACGGCGCGCGCCAUCGCCGAGGCCAAGGCCAACGAGACGGAGAUGCAGAAGCUCAAGGAGUGGGGCCGCGAGAACCGGUACUCCAUCGUCUUUGCGUCGUGGCUCGCGUCCAUGGGCGUCGCGCUCGCCAUCGUCGGCAAGGACAAGUACCUCACGGGCGCGCAGAAGCUCGUUCAGGCUCGUGUCUACGCGCAGGCCCUCGCCGUCGUCAUGCUUGUCGUGACCGCCGCCUUUGAGAUGCAGGACGCCAAGACGGGCGCCGGCCGCUGGGAGACGGUUAUGAUUAUCGACCCCGAGGACCCGGAGCACAAGCACCUCAUUGAGAAGAAGAUUCACAAGGAGGAGUACGAGGGCCAGGACCUAUGGAAGGACAUGGUUGCUGCCGAGGAGCGCCGCAUCGCUGCCCGCAAGGCUUCCGAGCAGAAGUAA